AUGGCAGCUAAUGGUAAACUAGCUCUUCUCAGUGUGUCAGAUAAGACAGGUCUUUUGCCACUGGCAAAAUGCCUGUCAGACAUUGGUCUCGGCCUAGUGGGCAGUGGGGGGACCGCAGCUGCCCUGCGCAAUGCUGGCCUCAACGUGUUGGAUGUGUCUGAUAUUACGGGAGCCCCAGAGAUGUUAGGCGGAAGGGUCAAAUCUUUACACCCCGCAGUCCACGCCGGGAUUUUAUCUAGGCUUACGGAUUCCGACCAGGCGGACAUGGAGCGUCAGAAGUUCGACAUGAUCAGCGUGGUGGUGUGCAACCUGUACCCCUUCGUGGAGACGGUCUCGAAGGCCGACGUGGCGCUCGCCGACGCCGUGGAGAACAUCGACAUCGGCGGCGUCACGCUCCUGAGGGCGGCCGCCAAGAACCACGACCGGGUGACCGUUAUUUGCGACCCGGCGGAUUAUGAGAAGGUCGUCGCCGAGCUGAGGAGCAGCGAGCGCCACCAGACUUCGGCCGAGACGAGACAAAGGUUGGCGCUGAAGGCUUUCACCCAUACGUCUGAGUACGACCUGGCCAUUUCGGACUACUUCCGUAAGCAGUAUUCUGCCGGCCAGUCUCAGUUGACCCUGCGAUAUGGCAUGAAUCCGCACCAGAAGCCCGCGCAGGUGUUCACCACGAGGGACCGCUUGCCGCUGACGACGCUGAACGGCUCCCCCGGCUUCAUCAACCUCUGCGACGCCCUCAACGCGUGGCAGCUGGUGGCAGAGCUGAAGGCAGCCCUGGGGCUGCCAGCCGCUGCCAGUUUCAAGCACGUGUCGCCAGCCGGCGCUGCCGUCGGGCUGCCUCUGAACGAUGAAGAGGCGUCGGUGUGCAUGGUGGGCGACAUGGCGACGAAGCUGUCGCCGCUGGCGUGCGCGUACGCGAGGGCGCGCGGCGCCGACCGCAUGAGCUCGUUCGGAGACUUCGUCGCGGUGUCUGACGUGUGCGACGAGCCCACCGCGCGCAUCUUAUCGCGCGAGGUUUCCGACGGCAUCGUCGCGCCCGCCUACACGCCGGAGGCACUCGGGAUACUCAAGAAGAAGAAGGGCGGCGCCUACUGCGUACUGCAGAUGGACCCGGAUUACAGCCCGCCGCUGAUGGAGCAGAAAACAAUUUUCGGCCUCACAUUGGAGCAGAGGCGCAACGACGCCAAGAUAACGCCGGAGUUGUUCAAGAACAUCGUGACGAAGAACAAGGAGCUGCCCGAGAGCGCAGUGAGGGACCUCAUCGUGGCCACAAUCGCGCUCAAAUACACGCAGAGCAACUCUGUGUGCUACGCCAGAGACGGACAGGUGAUCGGCAUCGGCGCCGGGCAGCAGUCGCGCAUCCACUGCACGCGGCUGGCGGGCGGCAAGGCGGCGCUGUGGUGGGCGCGGCGGCAUCCGAACGUGCGCGCGAUGCGCUUCCGCGCGGGCGUCACGCGCGCCGUGCAGGCGAACGCCAUCGACAACUACGUCAACGGGACCGUCGGAACGGACCUUCCAUUAGAACAAUGGAACACGCUGUUCGAGGGCGAAGCGCCCGCGCCCUUGACGCAGGCCGAGAUUGAGGCCUGGCUCAAGAAGUUGGAUAAGGUGGCACUCGCUUCCGACGCCUUCUUUCCGUUUAGGGACAAUAUCGACAGAGCCGUACAGUGCGGAGUGCAGUACAUAGGAAGUCCAUCUGGCUCCAAUAACGAUCAAGAGGUUAUAGAGGCCUGCAACGACCACAACAUUGUAAUGUGCCACACCAACCUUAGAUUGUUCCAUCAC